AGUAGGGCUGAAUCCCCAUCAUGGCAAAAGAUGUCAACCCUCACCACAGACUCUAGAGAAGCUUGACCCGUCGCUGUUCCACCGAAAACAGACAUCAUUGCAACUAAUGCUGUGGAGAUGUCUGCAAAGUUGACUAUUACAGUAGUGGGUGCCGGCAUCGGUGGGCUCAGAACAGCCAUCGCGCUGCGUCAAGCUGGUCAUAACAUUACAGUUUGUGAAAGGGCCUCGCUCUCCCACGGAAUGGGAUAAGUUUUGCGAUCACGCGUAACGGAGGCCACGUGCUCAGGAGUCUUGGUCUUGACUUCCGGGAUGCACGCAUGUGCACGUCAAACGGCGUGACGAUCGUACGGGCCGGCACUUUAGAGGAUAAGGUACCUCCCCAAUCACAAGCCGGGGGUGAAGCACAGUACGGCCUGCAGUCGCACACGGUACUUCGGAUUGACCUGCAUGCUGCUCUGUUGGCUUUGGCAAGGUCUCCGCAAGGCGACGGUCCUCGUGUUCGUUUCGUCGUCGAGACGCAGGUGGUUGUUUACGAGCCAGGGUCCGGAAGUAUAAUUUUGGAAGGUGGCCGUAAAGUUGUUGCCGAUCUUGUAGUAGCGGCCGACGGCGUGCACUCGAAGGCUCGUUCAUACAUCGUUGAGCAUUGUCCGGCGUCAGACUACACUGGGUGCUGCAUCUUCCGCUUCGCUGUUUCGAUGAAAGAGGUAUCGCGAACGACUUGACAGCGCCGUCGCUAGUGGCCGGUGAGGGCUGGUCCUCGUUCUUCGUAUCUCAAGAUGGCCAGUCUUGGCUCGUGAGAUACUACUGCCGAGACUGCGAGCUUCGGAAUUUGGCCUUUACACUCUCCGGACACCUGCUGUCGCGGAUGGCCAGGAGCGGCAGACCCGCUUUCGAACGGACAGAGGUCAACUAUGGCAAAAGAUGGAGAGCGCUGGUUCCCAUCCAGCUUUCAAGGAGCUGGCAAGAAAAGCCGCCGAGGUGUGACCUCUCUGGCGAUGUACCACAAGGGAACCACUGCCAACAUUCAGCAAAGGGAAGCUGGUGGUCGUAGGUGACGCUCAGCAUCCGCACCCUGCCGCAUCUGGGUCUUGGAGCAGUCUCAGCACUUGAGGGUGCA